CUACCUUUUAUAGCUAGCUAGUAUCACUCACUCACUCUCACUCACUGGCUCGCUGCAGACCACACCAACCGCGUCUCAUCUUUCCAUUUGGCAGUUACCCUCUUUCACACACAGAGACAGAGCGAGUGAGAAUGGAGAGGAUGGUGAUGAGGCUGAUGAGGAGGAAGUCUCUCCUCCACGGAGGCAGCGGCGGGUUAUUAGCAGCAUCCACGGCGAACGGCAGCGUCGUCUCCGGCGCCGGUGGCUCGCCUUUCUUCUCCACGCAGCAACAGCAGCAGGAGGAUCCCAUCCUUCCAGCGCUCAAGAUCAGAGACACGGCCGCCCAUCUGAUUGGGAGGACGCCACUGGUGUACCUGAACAAGGUGACGGAGGGAUGCGGCGCCCGGAUCGCCGCCAAGCUCGAGUUCCUGCAGCCCUCCUUCAGCGUCAAAGACAGGCCAGCGAUUUCAAUGAUGGAAGAUGCUGAAAAGAAGGGGUUGAUCACCCCAGGCAAGACCACAUUGAUUGAGCCCACGUCAGGGAACAUGGGCAUUGGCCUCGCAUUCAUGGCUGCUCUCAAAGGGUAUGAACUGGUUCUCACAAUGCCGUCAUACACCAGCCUUGAGAGGAGAGUGGUCAUGAGGGCCUUCGGCGCGCAGCUUGUUCUUACCGACCCCGCGAAAGGGAUGGGAGGGACAGUGAGGAAAGCAACCCAGCUCUACGAGAACCAUCCUAGCGCAUUCAUGCUCCAACAGUUUGAGAAUCCUGCCAAUGUGAAGGUACACUAUGAGACAACUGGUCCAGAAAUAUGGGAGGACACACUGGGACAGGUCGACAUUUUCGUCAUGGGAAUCGGGAGUGGUGGAACCGUCACUGGGGUCGGCAAGUACCUCAAAGAGAAGAACCCCAAUGCAAAGAUCUAUGGAGUUGAACCUGCUGAAGCAAAUGUUCUGAACGGUGGGAAGCCAGGGCCUCACCUCAUUACUGGAAAUGGAGUGGGAUUUAAGCCAGAUAUUUUGGACAUGGAUAUAAUGGAGAAGGUUCUUGAGGUAAAAGGUGAGGAUGCUGUUAAGAUGGCGCAACAAUUAGCACUUAAAGAAGGCCUGUUGGUAGGGAUAUCAUCGGGAGCCAACACAGUUGCAGCUAUUGAACUCGCAAAGAGGCCAGAAAACAAAGGGAAGCUCAUUGUGACUGUUCAUCCGAGCGCGGGGGAACGAUACUUAUCAGCAGCGUUGUUUGAGGAUUUGAGGAAGGAAGCCGAGGCUAUGCAGCCAGUGCCAGUGGACUAAGUUGCAGCUUGCAAGCAUGCAAAUGGAUCCUUGGUGCAUCACAUAUUGGAUCUUACAAAAUAAAUUCCCUGGCUACCAUGUUACAAGUACCUAGAAAUGAACUCUUCAAAUAUGAGCUUGCAAUUUGUGCCUCCUGUGGACCUUAUGUAAAGAACAAUUAAAAUGAUUCAGAAAGGACUUUAUUUUUCUUGCCAUUACUGCUUUCCUCAAAAGAAAAUCAAUGACAUAUUAUGACAUCCUUUAUUUGAA